UCGGUAACCCGGUAUCUGGUACUCAACCGUCUUGGUUCGCAGUGGCUCUCCGUCACGGUUCCACCGCCCCCGUAAGGCUAUCCAAUCGGCGGACCAAAUUCUUCAACCUUAUCAGAAGUACCCCCUCAAUCUUCUGCCUAGUCUCCGGGUCCGGAUGCAACAUAUACAACCAACAUUUGAAGUUGGUAGCUGAACACUAGAGAAAACUUCUAUACCAGGUUCAGCUAAAGUAUACCUGGAGCUUCGAUUUUUUCCUUGAGAAGUUCAAGAUUUUUCUCACUGAUGCCACUUUGGUAAGUAAUGCGUCCACUGUGAUGGGUAGAAAAAAGCAGAUCCGGCCUCGUAGGGCAGGAGGCAAUGUUGACAGUGGUGGUGUUUCUAAAGAGGGUUUGUGUGAUUCAGACGCAGCUCAAACUGUUGAAAAUGAGUUUUCUGGUCACGACCAUCCUUUUUAUGUUGAAGUUGAUAGGCAUAACUGGGUUUCAGAAGAGCAUUAUGACAUUUCGGAAGUGCUUCUGAUGAAUUUGAAUGUAAACGGAGAGUUUCAGGAUACAAAACAUAAGGAUCAACAUUGCUGCAAUGAUGAGAAAUAUGGCUUAAGGUUUCGAUUGAGCAAUGUAAAUGAGUUUCUUGCUCGAAUGAAACUAGGUCAUUGGCCUGUCCUAUCCGCUACUGAUAUUUAUCUGGAAUUUGUUGAGAAGAGAGAAUCAAUGGACAUAGAACCACAGGUGAUGGUAACUGGGAAUUUUGAUGGCCCAAGUGAAGGUGUUUCAGGGCUUGUUCACUUGGUUAAUAUGAAGUUUUUGACUUUGAGGCCUAUUAUGGGGUUGAAUUUUUCAGGGGACUUGUCAUCUAUUAGAUUAAGAGUAGAGAUACAGAAGUGCGCCUUUGAGGCAUGUGAGUCACUUUUUGAGAAUACAAGGCAGCUAUGGAAAAAGAGUAUGAUGAAUGUCAUGACUUGGCUACGUCCAGAAGUGAUGACCUCAGAGGUUAGAUAUGGAUAUAAGGUACCUGAAGACAUGGAGAUUGGACUAGAACCAAAUGAAGAAUCUCUUGUUAGUAGGAAACGAGCUAGACUUGAUGCUUUUGGUUUUUAUGAAGCAAUAAAACCCUCAAAGGAUAACCCCGUGCUAAUAGAUGACAUGCCUGACUUGCUUCCUGAGCUUAGACCAUAUCAGCGCCGGGCAGCUUUCUGGAUGGUUCAACGAGAGAAAGGAGCUUUCGGACGCCUGAGAGGAAGUGAAUCAAGCCAAUCUGUUUCACCUCUAUGCAUGCCAGUGGAUUUAGUUGAUUCCUGCUCUAAAAUAUAUUACAAUUCAUUUAGCGGAAGUGUUUCAUUGAAUCACGAGAAUUGUUCAUCUUACGUUGUUGGUGGUAUUCUUGCAGAUGAGAUGGGUUUGGGAAAAACCAUUGAGCUACUUGCUUGUAUAUUUGCACAUAGAAAAUUGGACGCUGAAGCUGAUGAUAUACAGGAUGAGACGAUGCAAGUUGCUGGAGAGCAGAAAUUGAAUGUAAGAAGAAUGAAAAGAGAUCGUGUUGAGUGUGUAUGUGGGGCUGUGAGUGAAGGCUCCAAGUACAAAGGUUUGUGGGUACAAUGUGAUGUCUGUGAUGCUUGGCAACAUGCAGAUUGUGUAGGCUAUCCAGAUACUGGAACAAAUUCAAGACCAAAAAAAGAUUAUAAGUUACAAGGGGAUAGAAAGAGUCUGACUGGUGAUUCACGAAAACGCAAAAGUAAUAGGGGCUCCAAAAUCGUUGUCUGUGAUGAGGAUUAUAUUUGCUCACUUUGCUCAGAACUAAUUCAAGCAACUAAUUCCCCAGUUGCUACUGGUGCAACUCUUAUAGUAUGCCCCGCGCCUAUAUUGCCUCAGUGGCAUGCUGAAAUAAUUCGUCACACAAGUCCAGGUUCACUAGAAGUUCUUGUUUAUGAAGGCGUUAAAACUACUUCACCUUCUAUUACAUCUGUUACAAAACUUGGUGAACUGCUUAGUGCUGACAUUGUCUUAACAACAUAUGAUGUGCUUAAAGAAGACUUGUCUCAUGACUCCGAUAGGCAUGAAGGGGAUCGCCGUCUUAUGAGAUAUCAGAAGAGGUACCCUGUCAUUCCAACUCUUCUCACUCGAAUAUUCUGGUGGAGGCUUUGUUUGGAUGAGGCCCAAAUGGUGGAGAGUAAUGCUGCUGCUGCAACAGAAAUGGCUAUGCGGCUACCUGCUAUGCAUCGUUGGUGUAUUACAGGAACUCCAAUACAGCGAAAGCUAGAUGACUUAUAUGGGCUCUUAAGAUUUCUCAAAGCAAGUCCAUAUGACGUUCUUAGGUGGUGGGUUGAUGUUAUUAGGGAUCCUUACGAGCGAGGAGAUGCAGGGGCUGUAGAAUAUACUCAUAAUCUCUUCAAGCAAAUAAUGUGGCGAUCCUCAAAAUCACAUGUUGCUGAAGAGUUGCUUCUGCCUCCACAAGAAGAAUGCCUCUCUUGGCUAUCCCUCACACCAAUCGAAGAGCACUUCUACCAGAGGCAACAUGAGACUUGUCUGACAUAUGCUAGAGAAGUUAUUCAGAGUUUUCAAAGUAAUAUUUCUGAAGAACAAGCUGCAGGCAAUGUUUCAUCGGAUUCUGUCCUUACUCAUGUGGAGGCUGCAAAGCUGUUGAACUCUCUCUUGAAGCUACGGCAAGCUUGUUGUCAUCCCCAAGUAGGAAGUUCAGGCCUACGUUCUCUCCAGCAGUCUCCCAUGACAAUGGAGGAGAUACUAAUGGUUCUUGUAGGUAAGACUAAGGUAGAAGGCGAGGAAGCCCUGAGGAAGCUAGUUGUUGCAUUGAAUGGACUUGCGGGGAUAGCUAUUAUUAAACAAGAUUUUCCUCAAGCUAUAUCAUUAUAUAAAGAAGCACUUGAAUUAGCAGAAGAGCAUUCAGAAGAUUUCAGAGUGGACCCUCUGUUAAACAUUCACAUACAUUAUAAUCUUGCUGAGAUACUCCCUUUGACCAGUGUUGAGUUAAGUAAACAUAAUCCUGGAUGUUCUGGUCCUGGAAGAUGUGAAGGUAACAUAUGCCUGACAUGUGACGGCAAAGAAUAUGAUCAACAUGAUAUUAAGACAAUAGACGUGAGCCAGGAAGAUUUAGAUUCUACUAUUUCAACUGGGUCAGAUGAUGAGAAUAAUACUGUGGAUGGGCAACAUUCCAUGUUUUCCAGAUCUACCAGUUACCAAUCAUUGCAGAAGACAUGCAAUAGUUUAAAACAAAAGUUCUUGUCCGUGUUCAAUUCAAGAUUGUUUGUGGCUCAGCAGGAAUUCAGGAAAUCAUAUGAGCUGGUUAAUAAGGCACUUCAUGAUAGAAGAACACAUCAUACUGCUUGGUGGGCUGAAGCCCUGCAAUAUAUUGAGCAAAACAAGGAUUCUUCAACAGAUUUUAUCAGAAAGAUAGGGGAUGCAGUCUCUGGGACUCUUAACACUUCAAGAACAUCAAGACUUGCAGCCUGCUUUAGGAGCAUAACUGCUCUCAGGUAUUAUAUCCAGACUGGUUUGGAUUCAUUGGAAGACUCUAGGAAAACUUUACUGGUUAGACUUCUGCAACUUGACCAGACCAUGGAAAAUCCACGACAAGAGGACGUAGAACGUGUGAGAUACUGUCCAAACUGCCAAGUUAAUGGAGACGGCCUCAUCUGUGUACACUGUGAACUAGACGAAUUAUUUCAGGUUUAUGAGGCCAGACUGUUUCGGCUUAACAAAGGACGUGAUGGAGGGGUGAUCAGAUCUGCUGAGGAGGCUGUAGAUUUACGGAAAAAAAUGUCUGCGCUAAACCGUUUCUAUUGGACUUUGUCACAACCUGACAAAGCUUCACCUCCUUCAAGUUAUGAAGAUGAAGGGAAAAAAAGAGAUGUUGGGGAGAAGGUUUUGGUUUCUAAAUCUCCUUCAGAGCUGGAAGUUGUUCUUGGGAUUAUAAAGAGCUAUUCGAAGGGUCUACUAGACAAAGAAGCUAUGUCAGCUGCCAGAAACCAUCUAUUUAUUCUUGAGGGAAUGCGUAAGGAGUAUGCCCAUGCAAGGUCUUUGGCAAUUGCUCAAGCUCAGGUUCUUAAUGCUCAUGAUGAAAUAAAGAUGGCAACCUCACGAUUGCGGCUGAGAGAGGAUGAGGAUGAUAAAUCUAUCGACGCUUUAAGUCUUGAAGAGUUAGAAGCAGCAAGCGUCGAAAAUUCUAGUGAAAAGUUUUUUGCCUUAUCCUCAUUAUCACGUAUAAAAGGGCAGCUUCGCUAUUUGAAGGGUUUGGUACAGUCUAAACAAAAUUUCCAUUCAGAAGGCACAUGUGAUCCAUCCCAGGAUGAAGUUAGGACGCAUUCUCAUGCUAAUUCGCUUAAAGAGGGAGAAAAGGAACAAUUACUCCAAUUAGACGAGGAAACAUGUCCGGUUUGUCAAGAAAGGCUCAGCAAUCAGAAGAUGGUUUUUCAGUGUGGUCAUGUUACGUGUUGUAAAUGCUUUCUUGCAAUGACCGAGCGGAGGAAUAAUUACCAUGGGAAGUCUCAUGAGAAAUGGGUGAUGUGCCCAACAUGCAGACAACACACAGAAGUUGGGAACAUUGCUUAUGUUGAUGACAGGCAAAAUAAAACACCUGAUGCUUCUGUUCAUACUUUUAGAAGCUCAGAAGCUUCUUUGACUGUCAAUGGUUCAUAUAGCACAAAGAUUGCUGCAGUUACAAGGAGAAUACUGUGUAUUGGUUCUACAAAUCCAGAAGCCAAAAUUCUUGUUUUCUCUAGUUGGAAUGAUGUUCUUGAUGUGCUGGAACAUGCUUUUACUGCAAAUGGUAUUAGUUUUAUCAGAAUGAAAGGAGGGAGGAAAUCUCAUGUUGCCAUCAGUCAGUUUAAAGGAGAGAAAGUUGGUGUAAAAACGAGCAAGAAAAAUCGGCAGGCAAAACCAGAUUCUAUUCAGGUGAUGCUGCUCUUGAUUCAGCAUGGGGCCAAUGGGCUUAAUCUUUUGGAAGCACAGCAUGUUAUUCUUGUGGAGCCACUACUUAACCCUGCAGCAGAAGCACAAGCAAUCAGCAGGGUGCAUCGCAUUGGACAGACCAAGAAGACACUCGUUCAUCGUUUCAUAGUGAAAGGGACAGUGGAAGAAAGCAUAUAUAAACUGAAUAAAAGCAGGGAUAGGGAUAGUGGUUCGUUUAUAAGCGGAAACAAAAAGAACCAAGAUCAGCCUGUUUUGACGCUCAAAGACGUCGAGUCUCUCUUCAAAGUUGCUCCAUCCACAAUAGAACAACAGCAGAAGCCAACUUCAAAUUUAAUGCAUUUGCCGCCUGGUAUUGCCGCCGGUUUAGCCGCUGAGAGGAGGCUGAGGGAGCAAACAAGGUGAAUUGGUGUGCAGAGUCAUGCAUGAAACUAUGGUUUGUAUGGGGAGUCUUUGAUUGCUAUGUAUCCUGUAAAUUUAGAUGCCUAUUUUGUUACAUACUAAAAUAUUAUUACAAAGAUUUUUAUA